CAUACAAACAAACAACACACCACUUCACAUGCACACACAAAGACGAAGCAUGCAUUUCAAAUCAUUCAAAUAAAGUUAAAAGAACGUCCAAGUUGCUCCCGUCAUGAGCUUUCCUUGCAGGUGAGCACCGAACAUUUUGCAGCUGAAUUUACAGAAGCUCUCUUUUUUUGGGGUGCUAGAAAGAAACCAACCAACCACAUGGAAAUGGCUGAGUCUUCCACUAUUGCCAAGAAAGAGUUAGGAUCCAAAACUGUCCAAGAGCUGCUCGCCAAAGGCAAAGGCAAAGGGGAAAAAGUGCCAGAUAAAUACAUCCAUAAAGUUACAGACGGUGGCAUUGGAAACCCAAGUGCUUCUUCUGCCGCGUUGAUGGAUAUUCCAGUCAUUGAUCUUGGCCUCCUCCUCACACCUUCCUCAAUCACUGCACAACAACUUGAUAAACUUCGAUCAGCUCUUACCACAUGGGGUUGCUUUCAGGUAAUAAACCAUGGCAUGACUCUUGAAUUCCUAGACAAGGUUCGCGAAAUGGCAAAACAAUUUUUUGCACUUCCAGUGGAAGAGAAGCAGAAAUACUUGAGGCAAGUCAAUGAUACUGAAGGAUAUGGGAGCGACAUGGUUUUUUCAGAACAACAAACACUUGAUUGGACUGACCGAAUAUACCUAUCUGUAUAUCCAGAAGACCGCCGAAAGUUCAAAUUUUGGCCUCAAAAUCCCAAAUCUUUUAGUGAAACUUUAGACCAAUAUACGAUGAAGUUACAAGUGGUAACAAAAACUGUCCUGGAGGCCAUGGCAAGGUUAUUGAAUUUGGAUGAUAAUUGCUUUCGAGACCUGUAUGUAGAACACGGAAAAAUGGAUGUGAGGUUUAACUUAUAUCCCCCGUGUUCAAGGCCUGAUGUCGUCCUGGGUGUGAAACCGCAUGCGGAUGGAACAAUAAUCACCCUUCUCUUGCAAGACAAACAAGUGGAAGGUCUUCAGUUUCUUAAAGACGAUCAGUGGUUUAGAUCUCCCAUUGUUCCUGAGGCGCUUCUCAUUAAUGUUGGUGAUCAGGCAGAGAUAUUGAGCAAUGGAAAAUUCAAGAGCCCUAUACACAGGGUAGUGAUAAAUCCAGACAAGGAGAGGAUCUCUUUGGCUGCCUUCUGCAUCCCUAAAUCAGAUAAAGAGAUUGAACCAUUUGAAAGCCUGAUCAAUGAGUCAACGCCGAGAUUAUACAAAAAGGUGAAAGAUUAUUCAGGCAUCUUUUUCGAAUACCACUACCAGCAGGGGAGGAGACCAAUAGAAGCAGCAAAAAUUUAAAGUUACCCUUAAAAAUUAUGUUGGCAUCUAUUUCGAGUACUACUAUCCGUUUUUCUAUUGUACCUAUGCUAGCUGGAUAAAGUUCCCCAUUGACCUAUUGACCAUUCGCGGUCAAUAAGUCAACUUUCUUUUAUGUUUGAGUGUGCCACUGUUAGAGGGUGAAAAACCCUAACAGACUUGUAAGAUGUAAUAACUUGUUGUUGUGCAAAACUUAACUCCCUUUAGGAUCUUGUUCUUGA